CUCUCCUGGGUCUUUCAAGACACGCGCCGAAAAUCGCCGGGCGGCCAGACCGUCCUGAUCGCUCUCGUCUGUAAAUGCGAUCCGUGGCAGCGAAGACAAACGCCGUUUUCCCGCUUGAUACCAAGAACCUCUUCGAUUGCUUUUUUUUUUCUUUUUCUUUUUUUUUCUUUCUUUCUUUUUUUUUUUUUUUUUUAAAGAGGGAGACGAUGGACUGAGCCAAUCCACACCAUGGAGUCUCGGGUCCUACUGAGAACAUUCUGUCUGGUCUUCGGUCUGGGGGCAGUCUGGGGACUUGGUGUGGAUCCGUCCCUUCAGAUUGAUCUCUUGACAGAGUUAGAACUUGGGGAAUCUACGGCCGGCGUGCGCCAGGUUCCCGGGCUGCAUAAUGGGACGAGAGCCUUUCUCUUUCAAGACACUCCUAGAAGUGUAAAAGCAUCUACUGCUACAGCUGAACAGUUUCUUCAGAAGCUGAGAAAUAAGCAUGAAUUUACUAUUUUGGUGACUCUAAAGCAGACCCACUUAAAUUCCGGAGUUAUUCUUUCCAUCCACCACCUGGAUCACAGGUAUCUGGAGCUGGAAAGCAGUGGCCAUCGGAAUGAAGUCAGGCUGCAUUACCGCUCGGGCAGUCACCGUCCUCACACAGAAGUGUUUCCUUACAUUUUGGCUGAUGACAAGUGGCACAAGCUCUCUUUAGCCAUCAGUGCCUCCCAUCUGAUUUUACACAUCGACUGUAAUAAAAUAUAUGAAAGGGUGGUGGAAAAACCUUCCACAGACUUGCCUCUGGACACAACAUUUUGGCUGGGACAGAGAAAUAAUGCACAUGGAUAUUUUAAGGGUAUAAUGCAAGAUGUGCAAUUACUUGUCAUGCCCCAAGGAUUCAUUGCCCAGUGCCCAGAUCUUAAUCGCACCUGUCCAACUUGCAAUGACUUCCAUGGACUCGUGCAGAAAAUCAUGGAGCUUCAGGACAUUUUAGCCAAAACAUCAGCCAAGCUGUCCCGAGCAGAGCAGCGGAUGAACAGAUUGGAUCAGUGCUAUUGUGAAAGGACUUGCACCACGAAGGGAACCACCUACCGAGAGUUUGAGUCCUGGACAGACGGCUGCAAGAACUGCACAUGCCUGAAUGGAAGCAUCCAGUGCGACACUCUGGUCUGCCCAGCUCCUGACUGCCCGCUGAAGUCAGCUCUUGCGUAUGUGGAUGGCAAGUGCUGUAAAGAAUGCAAAUCAAUAUGCCAAUUUCAAGGACGAACCUACUUUGAAGGAGAAAGAAAUACCGUCUAUUCCUCUUCUGGAAUAUGUGUUCUGUAUGAGUGCAAGGACCAGACCAUGAAGCUGGUAGAGAGUUCAGGCUGUCCUGCUUUGGACUGUCCAGAGUCUCAUCAGAUUACCUUGUCUCAUAGCUGUUGCAAAGUUUGUAAAGGUUAUGACUUUUGUUCUGAAAAGCAUAACUGCAUGGAAAAUUCUGUCUGCAGAAAUCUGAACGACAGGGCUGUUUGUAGCUGUCGGGAUGGUUUUAGGGCUCUCCGAGAAGACAAUGCCUAUUGUGAAGAUGUUGAUGAGUGUGCAGAAGGCCGCCAUUACUGCCGGGAGAACACGAUGUGCGUGAACACCCCGGGGUCCUUCAUGUGCAUCUGCAAGACAGGGUACAUCAGAAUUGACGAUUAUUCAUGCACAGAACAUGACGAAUGCCUCACAAAUCAGCACAACUGUGAUGAAAAUGCUUUAUGCUUCAAUACCGUGGGAGGACACAACUGUGUUUGCAAGCCAGGCUAUACGGGAAAUGGAACCACAUGCAAAGCAUUUUGCAAGGAUGGCUGCAGGAAUGGAGGCGCUUGUAUUGCUGCUAAUGUGUGUGCCUGCCCACAAGGCUUUACCGGGCCCAGCUGUGAAACAGACAUUGACGAGUGCUCUGAUGGUUUCGUUCAGUGUGACAGCCGUGCUAACUGCAUUAACCUGCCUGGAUGGUACCACUGUGAGUGCCGAGAUGGCUACCAUGAUAAUGGGAUGUUUUCACCAAGUGGAGAAUCAUGUGAAGAUGUCGAUGAGUGUGGAACUGGGAGACACAGCUGCGCCAAUGAUACCAUUUGCUUUAACUUGGAUGGUGGAUAUGAUUGUCGAUGUCCUCACGGAAAGAAUUGCACAGGGGACUGCGUCCAUGAUGGAAAAAUUAAGCAUAAUGGUCAGAUUUGGGUGUUGGAAAAUGACCGGUGCUCAGUGUGCUCAUGUCAGAACGGAUUUGUCAUGUGCCGACGGAUGGUCUGUGACUGUGAGAAUCCUACAGUUGAUCUAUUCUGCUGCCCCGAAUGUGACCCAAGGCUUAGCAGUCAGUGCCUCCAUCAAAACGGGGAGACCUUGUACAACAGUGGAGAUACCUGGGUUCAGAAUUGCCAGCAGUGCCGCUGCUUGCAAGGGGAGGUGGACUGCUGGCCCCUUCCUUGCCCAGAGGUGGAGUGUGAAUUCAGUGUCCUCCCGGAGAACGAGUGUUGCCCCCGCUGCGUCACCGACCCUUGCCAGGCCGACACCAUCCGCAACGAUAUCACCAAGACUUGCCUGGAUGAGAUGAACGUGGUUCGCUUUACUGGGUCCUCGUGGAUCAAACACGGCGCCGAGUGUACUCUCUGCCAGUGCAAGAACGGCCACAUCUGUUGCUCAGUGGAUCCACAGUGCCUUCAGGAACUGUGAAGUUAACUGUCUCACAGAAGAUUUCUGUUUAAAGAAGGUUCUUUCAUUAAAAAGACUAAAAAAAAAAAAGUUAAAACUUACAGUGGAUGAUUUGUGGGCAUCUAAGUGCAGCUUUGUUAAUAGCUGAGUGAACUUUCAAUUAUGAAAUUUGUGGAGCUUGAGAAAAUCACACAAGGAAAAUUCUUGGGGCAAAACUAGCCCAGGAUUCUUGUCUCUGCUGUGUGUGACAUCACCUUGCAGAAGAGUGCAUAUGGGGGACACGCUAUGACAUCAUGACCCCUCCCCCAGGGGCCUCUUGCUUCACUGGUGCAAACAAUUUUCCUCUAGAUCAGAAUCUUCAUAAAUCAGUUAGGAUCUUCACUGCAAAAAAAGAAAAUGUAAGGCGGUGAUUGAAUUAUAUUUUCAGAAGCCAAGCAAAGAAGCUAUAACGUGUUCUGUACAGUAUACACACUGAAAAGAAAUGUGCAACAAGUUAUUGUUAUGAUAAAAAUAAUGCACAGGCAUGGUUACUUAAUAUUUUCUAACAGGAAAAGUCAUCCCUAUUUCCUUGUUUUACUGCACUUAAUAUUAUUUGGUUGAAUUUGUUCAGUAUAAGCUCGUUCUUGUGCAAAAUUAAAUAAAUAUUUCUCUUACCUUAU